AUGGUACAAGGAGAAAGUUUUGUACAAGAAAUGCUUUACUUAAAACAUACUCACUCAAGUAUAUAUAUAUAAAUAGAAGGACAAUCACGACAGUGUUGUCGUUGUUAUUGUUAGAGUAUAGGGGUGAAGUUAAUUAUGUCAUUCUCUGCAGUGACGGUUAAAUCUGGUGGUGUCCCAUUAUUUGGUUCUCUUACCCUUAAUUCUGACCUUCCUGCAUACCCGAUCAUCCUCUGCACUCACCACGCUUCAUUUCCUAGUCAACGCGUCUCCAACUUCUCUCUAUUUAAGAGUCGCAGGACUUUGGUCCAUGAUCCUCGCAAGUGGAUGCAUCCAAGGAGCGACGACGAGGACGACGAAAACGAUGAGGAUCGGAGUCUGGAUCUACUGGUGAGGUUCGUUCAGAAUGUCUUCAAGAAGGUGUCAAAGAGAACAAGGAAAGCAGUUCGAUCCGUUCUCCCUUUCCCCAUCUCCACCCAUUUGGUCGGGUUUUCUGUGAAUGGGACGCUGUUGCUGACCUUCCUGUGGAUUUUGAAGGCGUUUCUUCAGGUACCGUUUUCAUUUAUUUAUGAUGGGCAUUAACAUUGUUAAAAUCAUUACUGAAUGCCAUUUCUAGAAUUUUGUUGUCUUCUAACUUUUUGGGUAUUUAACGAUGAUUGAUUGUGGAGGACUGCAUUCUUUUAGAAAUGGAUUUUGACAUUCUAUACUUAGUUCAAUCUGUUUAGCUAAGCUUUUUGUUACUGAGUAGAAAAUGGUUCUACAUAAUUUUUAGGCUACUGCUGUCCAAAGCAGCAUAGAACAUGAGACUCAGUAACGAUGGGAUCCAGGUACAGAGGGGUUGUCCUAGUUCACGGGGUUCGUCUAGGCAGGGUCUUGUGCAGCCUUGUGCCCCUGUGGAAAGGGUGUUUCUGUGAUUAAAAUCAAUGACAUGGUCUUAAAGUAACAAGGGAUGCAAAUGACUCGAGUUAAAUGAACCGUGUCCUGUUUUGGAACAGUUUUCUUUCUAGGAAAAAUGACUGGGCGCGUAGGUGAGACGCCUAUGUUUCAGAUAUAUCUUCAAAAUUGAUGUCUAAAAUGUAGCAGUAGGUUAUGCAGCAGUAUUUGAUUAAAAGGUUUAAUUACUACUUGCAUAAUCUUUGUUUGAAU